CGGUUGCUGCAGCCAAAACCUUGACACUGAGAGACCGACUGAGUGAUUUAACAUUUUUAACCUGUUAAAUUAAACAAAACCAAUCAUAUUUCAUCGAUUUUAUACAAGCACAAGAGGACUCCAGCUCAGGACUAUAUUUAUCAAGGCAUAUUCAAGAGGUAGACUCUUCUUCCCUUUCACAUAAGUGUGGUUUUCUGCCACUGAGCAUGUCAGUGGCUCUCCUGGUGCGAUAUGCCACGCUCAGCGGGUCCCGUGUCUGCUGCAGAGCUGCUUUCAACUUGACCAAUGCCCAUCAGGAAGACCCAAGACGGGCUCUACACACUCCAUCAUCUCCUCGGUGCAGCAAUUCUCGAUUUGAUCCGGACAGCAGUGGUCAUCCAACUACCUGGGACUCCUUUGGGAUCUGGGACAACCGCAUUGAUGAACCCAUCUUGCUUCCAUCGAGCAUCCGCUAUGGUAAACUUAUUCCCAAAGUUAACCUGUCCAGGGUGGGCAGUGCCUCGCAGAUUGGCCAACGGAAAGAGAACGAAGACCGCUAUCAGAUGUCCCAAAUGACGGACAACAUUAUAUACUUUGCUGUUUUUGAUGGGCACGGGGGUGCGGAGGCUGCUGAUUUCUGCCAUAAGAACAUGGAGAAGCAUAUUAAAGACAUUGCAAUGGAGGAAACUAACUUGGAGUUAGUUUUAACCAAAGCUUUUCUUGAGGUGGACAAAGCAUUAGCAAGGCAUCUUCACUUCAGUGCAGAUGCCUCUGUGUUGAGUGCAGGAACUACAGCCACGGUGGCUCUGCUGAGGGACGGGAUCGAGCUGGUGGUGGGCAGUGUUGGGGACAGUCGUGCCAUGAUGUGCCGCAAAGGCAAGGCCGUCAAACUCACCGUGGAUCACACGCCUGAGAGGAAGGAUGAAAAAGAGAGGAUACGCAGGAGCGGAGGGUUCAUUACGUGGAAUAGUUUGGGUCAACCUCACGUCAAUGGCAGACUGGCCAUGACCCGCAGCAUUGGGGAUUUCGACCUCAAAACGACAGGUGUCAUCGCAGAACCAGAGACUAAGAGAAUUUCAUUGCAUCACGUCCAUGAUUCCUUCCUGGCCCUCACCACUGAUGGGAUCAACUUCAUCAUGAACAGUCAGGAGAUCUGUGAUGUCAUCAAUCAAUGUCACGACCCCAAAGAGGCCGCACAACGCAUAUCUGAACAGGCUCUUCAGUAUGGAUCUGAAGACAACAGCACUAUCAUCGUGGUGCCGUUCGGUGCCUGGGGCAAACACAAAAGCUCUGAAGUCAGCUUCUCCUUCAGUCGCAGCUUCGUCUCCAGUGGGCGCUUUGCCUAAGCAAAAAACAAAACAAAAAAAACUAGGACGACACUGACUCACUAAUCUGAACCGACCAAUGUGCAAUAUUCUCCUAAUCCAUACUGUGAGGGUCACCACCUCAAAAAUAACCAUUAGAGCCACAGUGUGGUUUCAAACUUGAUAAUUAAUGAUAUCACUGAGCCUAGAUGAGCAGAUCAAGCUUUCAAUUCAUAUCUAAAACAAGCUUCAAGACUUUUCUUAUCUCAAAAAUCAUGUUGUCCCACUUUUACCUUCUUAUCUGCGGUGUUAAGCGUCAUUUGGGUGCCUCAGCUCCAGUUUUCACAGACACAAUCCUUUAGUUUGCUUUGCUGAAGUGAAAUCACACUGAUCUCUGUACUGUUACCAUAAAUUAUAAGCACUUUCAGAUUAUGGGAGGUUCCAUUAUUUUCGUAGUCUCCGUGACCCUUUGUGGUGUUGAAUGACAAACAGAAGCACACUUCAGUGCUCCAUGGGCUUCUAUAUAAGCUCAUGUUCACUGAGUUGGACUGCUGUAUAUACUGUGUAUACUAAAGUAGAACCUCCCGUCUCUGUGCAAGCACACAUUUCUAUAACUUUCUCUUCUGCUUGUAGUGUGAGGAUUCAUUCAUGCUCUAUUCCAGCAUUGCAACCAGCAAUUCUAAACGCCUACACUAAGAAAUAUUCUCAUCAAAGGACCAUUUGGCAAACCCAGAUUUUUCUGUGCCUUCCUCAUAAACAUCUGACAUUUCUGUGUCCCUCUAGUUUCGGUUCUUACUAUACUUUAAAACUGUGACUAGCGUGCUUAUUUAGUGUUAAUAGACAAAGUAUUUUUGUUCGGGAAUGUACAGUUCAGCAGCGGUUUUCCCUAUAACGCAUAGAUCAAAGUGCAGAUGUUUGUUAUAUGUUAUUUAUAUGAUGGACAGUUAUCUAUGUAUAAGUGUUAUAUUUAAAUACAUCUUCCGAAGUCUCCUAUAAGGACAGGAGAGAAGUGAACAUUCAUGCACUCGUCUUGCAGACAUUCUGCUUUAAAUGAAAAGGCUUUAAAUCGUACUGUUUUAAUAGUAGAGCCAUACACACGUGACCUCAUUAAGUCGGCAUCUCGUUUCAUGUGCUGGUGCUGUUUCUGCACUCCUUUCAUUCUCGUUCAUCAUUUCCUCUCGUUUUAGACUUUUAACAGCAUUUUGUUUUCCUUUUAGCGUCUUCCUCUUGAAAGGGAUGGUUCAGCCCAAAAAAAUUACAUUUCUGUCAUUUACUGAUCCUCCAAACCUGUAUGAUUUAUUUUCUUCUGUUGAACACUAAAGGAGAUAUUUUGAAGAAUGUUGAAAAGCAGCCGCCAUUCAUAUUUUUUGCUGCUUGUUCAUUUAAAAUGAGCUGAAACAACACAAUCCCGGAGGUUUUUUUGAGGACUACUUAAUAGUUUUAUGUUCAAUCCACUUAAAUUUGUAAAAUUAUUAAGUUAACUUAAUCGAUUUGUGUUUGGACAACAUGAAUAAAUUGUGUGGAACCCAGCAUUUUUUACAGUGUUGACCUCCAUAGUAUUUGAAAUGCUGGCUUCCACACAAUUCGAUUCGAUUGAUGGUCCCAACACAAAUCGAUUAAGUUAAUUUAAUAAUCUUACAAAUUUAAGUGGAUCGAACAUAAAAACAAUUGUACCAAAACAACAUGCAUUGUAAGAAGCACUGUCUUAAAGUGAGUAAAAGAUCCAAAGAAAAUCGCCACACUGCCACUUUAGCUCUUAAAAAAUCUUUAAUGUCACAACAUUUCCACCGACAUGGUCUUCACCACCUGAUGAAGACCAUGUCGGUCGAAACGUUGUGACAUUAAAGAUUUUUUGAGAGCUGAAGAGGCAGGGUGCUGAAUUUCUUUGGAUCUUUUUCUAUAAAUGUUUGUUUUUGAUGGAGCACCUGCCUUUGAGAUUUUCUAGAUGUGCGCACAUUUCUGUUUUUUUGCUUAAAGUGAGUAAACCCAUUGCCUUAAAAGAGACAAGUUUAUUUUACUUAAAACAUUUAAUGUAUUUUUGUUUCAGCUUGGAACUGAGUUCACUUUUUGUUAUAAUUAUGACAUAAUUCAUUUACUUACUCAUUUUAAGGCAGUGUUUACUCAGUUUUUUAAAGGAAAGUCAACUAAUCACAGUGUAAGAGCCAUUUUUUGAGUGUGGCUGAUUUUAUUUUUCCACUUCUUUAGAAUAUCAUAUUAUUUGCUCAACAGAAAAGAGAAAUUUAUCGAACUUUUCAGACUUUUCAUUUUGGAGUGUUAGUAAAUGCACUGAAAAAAAGUGUUGCAUGCAAAACUGUUGCAAACAAUUUAUUUGUGUUGCAUUUAAACAAACAAAUGAAAUUUAAUAAUGUUCAACUUAAUUUCUUUGUUUAAAUUCAGCCCAAAUAAAUUGUUUACAACUACUUAGCGUAAUUUUUUUUUAGUAAGUCCAAGGAAACAUCUUUGAAUAAGUUUUUUCAGUGUGGAGAUAAAAUCCUUAUUUUAAGCUGAACUAUCCUUUAAGAUCCAAAUGCGGUGUGAUGGGGGGAGGGGUGGCGGUCUUUUUUAAAUUUUCCUCAAAUGUACUGUUAUCAUAUUUCUGUCUGUAUUAUAUUUCAGUGUUAACACAACUGCAUGGAUCUCUAGAACAAUCUGUCAAACAAAUGUUUCCUCUGUAUAUGGACCUAACUUUCGCUUCAUUGAUAUGCAGUUUAUUGUUAAAUGCAAUGCAGCAGUGAAUAAAGUUCCACCAGAAACA